CUCCACAAAUGAAUUUCACCAGUAAUUCAGCUUCACCAAACAUGUUACCCAAUUCUGUGUUGAGACCUUCUUGUUCAAUGUCUCGGUAUCUUCAAGAAGAUAGAGAGGUAAGCAAUUUCAAUCUGCAACCAUUGGAUUGCAAUAACAAUUCAGUUCCAUCAAAUUCCAUGUCCAUGAACCCUUAUAUGAUGUCUCAAUUUCGUCAAGACAGAGAGAGAAGCAGCAGCAGCAAUUUAGUUCCAUCAAGUUUGCUAACAAAUUCCAUUCAGAAUCCCAUUUAUCCAAUGUUUGAGUACUGUCAACAAGAUAGAGAGGCAAACAAUUUGAUUCUACCAUUGGAUUUCAAUAAUAAUUUAGCUUCAUCGAAUAUGGUAUCAAAUUUCAUGUCAAAUCCCUUUCAUUCAAUGCCUCAAUAUAACGAAGAACAUAGACAGGGAAGUAACUGCAAUCAAGCAAUGGAUUUCCUUAAUAAUUCAGUUUCAUCAAAUUCUAUGUUAAUGCCCUCUUGUCCUAUUCUUCAUUAUCAUCAAGAAAAAGAUAGAGAGCGGAGAAACACUUUCCCUCUGCCAUUGGAUUUCAACAGUAAUUCAGCUUCAACAAAUGUGUUACCGAAUUCCAUUUCAAUACCCCCAUAUCCAAUGCCUCAAUAUUAUCCACAAAACAUACAGGAGGGGAAACUCAGAUCCUUCUGGGAGAAGCAGUUGUUGGAUAUUGAAGCUGCUGAAGCAUUUAAGAGCCAGCACAAGUUGCCGCUAGCUCGAAUCAGAAGGAUAAUGAAAACAGACGCAGAUGUGCAGAUGGUGAGUGCUGAAACUCCCAUGCUGAUGUCAAAAGCAUGUGAGAUUUUCAUCCAGGAACUCACUUUUCGUGCCUGGAUGCGUGCUGAAGAGAGCAACAAGAGUACUGUGCAGCCAUGUGAUGUUGCCAAGGUUAUUAUGCAGAAUAAUGCCAUGCAAUUCCUCACUGAAAUUGUCCCAGAUAACCUCCAAAAUUUCUGUGCUUAUGGUGCUCAGCAGGAGGAGCGUGCUGCUGGAAACAUUGCAGAAGGAAUGCAUUCAAGCCAAGCUGCCCUGCCUGCUACACCUGCUUUUAUGGGAAAUCCUAUGAAUGUGAUGAAUAUGGGCAGAGGCUUGGAAGCAGGAAACCAAUUGAUUCCUCAACCCAACAACAUGAUCCAGCCUCCCUUUGUUAUGCCUUCAGAUCAAUUGCCUUACAAUUUUCAUCCCAAGUGAACUUCGGAAUGCACUACAGGGUGAUGAAUGAAGUCAUGGUGUGCUUCAGAACCUUGUGUUCUCUGGAGGAACUAGAACAACAAUUUUACAUUAUUAAUUCUCCUCAAAUAAUUCCUCCAACUUUUUUCUGUUUUGGGAAACAUUAUCCUAUUAAAGCACUUGGACAUCUCCAUGUUUGAACAUCCGAUAGAUUAUCUUCUGAGACUAUCAAUGACCCUUUUGGAAAUUCUGCUUCUGAAAAUUUGGUUAUUGUUGAUGAACUUUGAAUUA